ACCAAACAGGCUCAUCACAUUUCACUACUCACAGCAACCAUCAUCUAGGUGGAAGUUUUUUUUCUUUAAGCAGAAACCACGAACCAAACAGACACACCAAGAUGGCAAAGAUUCUAUUUGGAUUCACUGCAGUUGUUGCAUCUUUAAUGCUGGUGGAGUCCCUGACCUGCAACCAGUGCAGAUAUGGUCUGGGGGGCUUCUGCUUGAGCACUUCUACAGUGACCUGCUUCACCAACACCACCUGCUUUACUGGAAAAGCAACUUUCACAGGAUUGUCCUCUGUGGGCUUCAACAUCCAGGGAUGCCUUCGAACUAGUGCCUGCAACUUGACCACAACCGAAAGCCUGCUGGGUGUCUCCUACACAGUCGUAACCCUCUGCUGCUCAACAGACCAAUGUAACCCCGCUCAGAUCAGCGGCGCUCCAUCCACCAAGAUAACCCUCACCGCUGCCAUUGGUGUAGCUGUCCUGGCCUUCAUGUGGGGAAGCAUACUGUAAUAUGCUAAUGUUGAAUCACAAUAAGCAGCUAGCUGCUUCCAGCUGCUCCUGUAUCCCAUUUAUAUGAUUCAUUAUACCAAGCAGCAUCUUUACAAGAAAGCAAAGCACUCUCAAAAAUAAACUAUUUUACCUUGUGAAUUUAUACGUAUAAUUAUUUAUAUUUUCAUAUUCUGUGACACAUUUGUUUUUCAUAACUAAGUUCUUGUCAUGUCAGGGUUAAUUUCUAUAAUAUUAAGUUAUACUGUAUAAUAGCCAAAACUAAGGUGUGUACAUUAUGGUACAUAACAACAUAUGGUAGUUGAGCAAUGAGAUUUUUAAGUAAAACACUGAGUUCAUAAACCUUCCUGGUUUUGCCUUGUUUUUGUUAAAUCAUAAUUUAUUUAUCCUUUAAACUACUUUGUGUGUUAAUGGUCAAAAAAAUGUAUGUGAAAAUAAAGAAAAACAACCCUGC